GAAACCUAUGGAAUAAAUUAAACCUUAGUAUAUAAAGGUCUAGCAAUGCAUAAUCUCAAGAGCGUAUCAGAAUAAGCACGAUGGCGCUAUCUCGGACAUUACUGGUGGUUUAUGUAGCAAUUGCACUAGUUGCCUUAACUUUUGGAGAAACCCAGAAAGGAGGAAUCCAAAGCUCUAGAAGUCAAAGUGGAUCAAGCGGAAGUAAUUAUGGGAAUGGCAAUCAGGGUUCUGGAGGAAGUGAAUCUAGUGGAGGUCUAGCUGGCUUAGGAGGAUCUACAAGCCAUGGAUCUAGUAUUAGCAGCCAAAAGGAAUCAAGUGGUGGUUUAAGUGGAUCUGGUAGUCAAUUAGGCUCUGAAAGCGGUCAAAGGGGUUCCAGUGGCAGCUCCAGCAGCUCAAGAGGAUCUAGUGGGGGUCUGACUGGCUCGGAAGGUUCUGAAGGUAGUCACGGAUCUGGUAUUAGCAGCCAGAGAGAGUCUAAUACGGGUUCAAGUGGAUCUGGAACUCAACUAGGCUCACCAAGCGGCCAAGGGAGUUUGAGCGGUAGCUUCGAUAGUUCGAGUGGAUCUAGUGGAGGCCUAGCUAGCUUAGGUGGGUCUGGAGGUAGCCACAGAUCUGGUAUUAACAGCCAAAGGGAAUCGAGUGGCAGUUCAGGUGGAUCCGGCAGUCAAUUAAGCUCAGGAAGCGGCCAAAGUGGUUUAAGUGGUAACUUAGGAAGUUCUAGUGGAACUAGUGGAGGGCUAGCUGGCUUAGGGGGAUCUGGAGGAAGUCAUGGAUCUGGUAUUAGCAGCCAACGGGAAUCAAGUGGAAGUUCAGGUGGAUCUGGAAGUCAACUUAGCUCGGGAAGGGGUCAAAGUGAUUCAAGUGGAUCAGGUGGAGGCCUUUCAGGCUUACAAGGACAUGGAGGUAGCCAUGGAUCUGGUAGCAGCAGCCAACAGCAAUCAAGUGGAGGUUUAAGUAGAUCUUUGGGUCAAGGCAGUCAUCCAAAAACUGUUGGAUAACAAUUUCAAAAGUUGUCCAUAAUUAUGUUUUGUACCGAUUAUAUUUUUGCUUUUCAUUAAAAGUCAUACAAACUA